AUGUCCAAUGAAAGUAGCGGAUCAGAGAACAAGUCUGAGCCCAAAAGAUCCAAGAUUUGUUCCGUGUGCAAUGACACCUCCAAGAACUUUCAUUUGAACUACGGUGCUCCCACUUGUUCGAGUUGUCGGGCCUUUUUCCGACGAGCCCAUCGUCGAACUGUCUCGUCUGAAUUGGUUUGUCAAUUCGGAAAUUCGUGUCAGAUCACUCCCGAAACCAGGCGAAACUGCUCCAAAUGUCGAUUCGAUCAGUGCAUCAAUGUUGGGAUGAAAGUUUCAUUGGUAUUGGAUGAAGGUCAGAAACAAGAGCGUUUCCGUCGAAGUCUCAGGAAGAAGCAAGGAGAUCAACCCAAGCUGUCCACCUUGUCUCGAUCUAGUUCGUUCAAAGAACCCUCAAGCAGUGUUUCAAGCUCCGAGGAUCGGGCUGAUGACGAUGAAGAUGGUUCUGGAAACAACUCAUUGAUGAAUGAUGGCUUCACCGUAACCUCCCACGGGUUCUAUUGUCCGGAUCUUGGAUCACGAGGUGUGGAACGAAUUUUUCCAGCCCAGACCUUAUGGCCGAAAGGACCUGCUGAUAGAAACCUACACGAGUUAUGGGGAAAGCUAAUCCAAGAGGUCAAGAUCAAUCCCAUAUUUGAGGCCGGCCUUGUCCAAUUCCACUUAGCCGGAGUCGCCUUGUCGGAGGUGACUUUUUUCAAGCAUAUGGCCACGUUGCGUCAGGUGUUUUUGGAAUUCGCUCUCAAUGCAUACUGGAUGUUGGACCAACACCACACGCUACUUAAUCAAAUGAUUGCUAAACAAUCAAGAGUAUUUCUGUUGUGUAUUCUGGCCAAGUAUUUCACAGCCGACUACGGAUCCCACCAGAUUGCUUGGUUAACUCUUGGACGACAUUCUGUGGCGGUUCCCUUGGUCACCCUGGCCCAAUGGAAGGGAUCAGUUCGUAUCUUCCAGAAUGAGUCGUUCUCCCAACGAUUCCAGGUUUUGGCCAUUCAGCUCAAGAACUUCUGUAAGUUUCCUCAGUCGUUGCCGGAGCUAGCAUGGAGUUGCUUGAAUGUUCAUGCCAUGCACCCUUACAAGGCCAGUUUGGAUCAAUUGGGAGCUUUUGAAUUCUUGGAUGAUUUGCCAUCUCCCCAACUCUCAAUAAUGGGAUCAACCACGUUGACCCUCAACGAGCGGGAUUGGAUAAAGUCGCACCUCAAACUUAUUCGGACAAGUAUUGCAAAGAUCCCCUUUGAGGGUAAGUUAGUUGAGGACUUGUUCAUUAUAGGAUAUAAAGGCACACCCAUGGAGUUGAAGAGCGCUUGGCACCUCAUGGGAAUUUGGUCCCAACGUACGCUACUGAUUCUACAACAAUUUGACAUGUUCCGUGAACUCUCACUCCAAGAUCAGGUUGUUAUCUGGGAGACAAGUUUCAUUCCCUUUUACAGUGUCAUUUGUUCCAAAGUUGUCAGCCUGGACUUGUUGGUAGAUCAACUGCAAUUCCAAGCAGCCACCCUGGACCGUCCUCAUUUGUUAGAAUUGUGCGCCCCGAUGCGACUGGAAGAGAUCAAGUCACCAAAUGUGAAGGAGUUUUCAGUCAAAUCCCCGUUCCUCUCCCAAGAGGCUGCACGAAGAAUGGAUCAAAUCCACAUGGAUAUGGAAAUUUUCAUCAAGGAUGAUUUGGCGUUUGCGUUGUCCCUGCUCUCCACUUUGUUUUUGUCAGCAACCCGUAAGAUUCCAAUCACCCAGAUGGGACGUCAAGGCUUUGCCUUCCAAAAUCUACUCGCCAAACUUCUUUGUGAACGAGCUGGAGAUAACUUGGUGAUAGAAAGCAGUUUUUAUCAGAACAUCAAUGAGCUGGCGGACUUGAUUCAAUCCGCAGCCCUUUAGAAUCAAUGUGGAGCAAUCAUGUCGGAUAAUGUCUGUUAUCAAAUCUAUGUAAUUAAAGCAUAAUAUGCAGUGAAUAAAUCUUUGAUCUUUUGAUGUC